AUGUUGCUUCCCUUUCGCGCUCGGAGACUGGACUUGCGGUCAUGCAGAGCAUUGCACUCCCCAGGCCAGAUACCUUCUCUCAGCGCAGCCAGGAAAGCACAUGAUCCGCUUCGCAUUCUUUUCUGUGGCGCCGACGACUUCAGUAGCCAUUCACUUCGAGCUUUGCACGAGCUCACGGAGAAGCACCCAGAGACGGUGGCGUCAAUCGACGUUGUCUGCAGACCGGACAAGCGAACAGGCAGGGGUCUCAAGCAUACUCGACAAGUACCAAUCAAGGCCACUGCACAGUCUUUCAACUUACCUAUCCAUCACCUUGACACCUUCACCGGCUGGAGCCCCCCUUCUCCCAUUGACCUGAUUGUUGCUGUCUCGUUUGGCCUGCUGGUUCCAGGUCGGCUCUUGAGGAACGCCAGGUAUGGCGGUCUCAAUGUACAUCCUUCGCUGCUUCCGGACUUGCGUGGACCAUCUCCAUUGCAGUACGCACUCAUGCUGAGAAGGAACAAGACUGGCGUGUCGCUGCAGACUAUGCAUCCUACCAAAUUUGACCAUGGUAUAAUUCUGGCGCAAGAUGAAUACCAUAUACCAGCAGACUGCACGCUCGAACACCUUGCUUCCACCCUGGGCCAAAAAGGCGCUGUCCUUCUUCGCUCAGCAAUCGAGACUGCUGCGUUUGUGGAUACAGAACCGGCUGGAAUCAUCAAUGCUGCAGGCUCUGAGCAGAUUGACCACGCCCCCAAGAUUACCAAGGAAGAUUCUCACAUUGAUUGGGGGACCUGGGCUGCUGACAAAGUAAUUCGGUACGGUCGAGUUUUCGAUCUCUGGGAUGAGACGCUCCAUCAGGCUUGCUUCGCUGGUAAAUCUGCUCGGGUCAAAUAUCAUGGUCCUUGGAGAGUCAUUGAAGAUUCUGCAUCGGUCUCGCUAAUUCACGCAGGCUCUGCGUCUGGGCCUGGCCAGCCCAUCGCAUUCCGUCAACAUGGACGGAAGGAGACAAAUCUGGCAAUAUUGACUGCUGAUGGCAAGCUAGUUGUUCCGUCAUCAGCUUCGAUCGAGGGAAGGAAGGAGGGUGGAGGCAUCCAGGCGCUGACACAGGCGCUGAGUCGAUCAGAGCGUGUCCACACCUCUGGCGAAGCUGAGACAACAUGA